AUGUUGCUUUGUAAUCUUACAAAGCCAGACUAUUCGAUUUGGGAGGAAAGCAUAGACGCAUUGACUUCCUUAAGUAUCCCACCGCAGUACUGUGGAUUCACACAAAUUCAUGGCCACCACAGAUUUUUGGCGGCUGCUAUGAUGGUAGAAAAGUAUUACAAAGAUACUAAAAGAGCUGAAUUACGAGAAAGAGCAGGCAGGACCGAUCAACUUCAUUUGAGAAAUUGUUCUGGAUUGAAGAGAAAGGACACUUUGUCCAAGUUAUUUGGACAACAAAAGCAGAAAGUGAUUAUCGACACAUUGACUGCAACUAUGGCGUUCAAUAACAUUGUAACUGAUCAAAUAAAGAUAAAAAACACUUUGAUAACAUCAGAAAGUUCAACACCAAACUUGAAUGCGGCAUUGCAAAAUAUCCACAAGACUCAUACUUCUAUUUUUCAAAGUGGAAUAUUGGAGGAAAAGAAGUCAGUGAAGAAAGCCCACUAUGGUGAGAAGCUGUAG